AUUCGUGUGCAGAGCCACCGAUUUGGGUGGGGCUGCUCUACUCGUGGGCCAUCCCAGGCUCUGCCCGAUAACUGUUCACCCAAAGCAGUGAAGGCCGAGCCACCGAUUCGGGUGGGGAUCGUCUGAUUGCGGAUAGUGCCAAACCUACCAAAUGAAUCUUCUUCACCGAAUGGCUGAUGCUGAGCUCUCCAUUAUUGACUGUUAGAUAUUCAAUUAUGUUAUUUAUAAUUCAAUCGUUAUCGUUACAGUUUACGAAUCAUAUGUUGGCUUUCUGUCAUCAGUUGGAAAGAGGAUUGAGAACGAACGCCUGUUGGGACAAGGAUGAACAGGAAAAACUCGUCGAUUGAUGGGAUCGACGAAGACGGCCGAGGUCCCUAUCACGCUCUUCCCGGAAAUGGCGGCGCUGCCUCUGCUGAUGACACCCGAUUGAAUCAGCUUGGCUACAAGCAAGAACUCAGCCGCAAUCUGUCGGCCAUUUCAAACUUUUCACUGACCUUCUCAAUCAUAUCAGUGCUGACUGGUAUAACAACGACAUAUAAUACGGGCCUGACGUAUGGUGGACCUUUGACGAUGAUAUGGGGAUGGCCCAUAGUGGGGGUGAUGACACUGAUAGUGGGCUUAUCAAUGGCUGAGAUCUGCUCUGCCUAUCCAACCUCUGGUGGGCUCUACUUCUGGAGUGCCAAACUCUGCGGUAAUCACUGGGGCCCACUUGCCUCUUGGCUCACUGGCUGGUUUAACAUUGUUGGUCAGUGGGCUGUUACAGCGAGUAUAGAUUUCUCGCUUGCGCAGCUGAUUCAGGUGAUUGUUCUCCUCAGCACUGGUGGAAAAAAUAAUGGUGGAUAUGAGGCCUCCAAAUAUGUACUUAUUGCCAUGCAUGGUGGAAUUUUGCUCCUGCAUGGUAUUAUAAACAGUCUUCCUAUCUCUUUGUUAUCAUUCUUUGGACAGCUUGCUGCUGCAUGGAAUGUUGUGGGUGUAUUUGUCCUUGUGAUUCUCAUUCCCAUGGUAGCAAAGGAAAGGGCUAGUGCCAACUUUGUGUUUACUUUUUUCAACACUGACAAUGAUGAUGGAAUCAGAAAUGACUUCUAUAUAUUUGUUCUGGGACUCAUAAUGAACCAGUAUACAUUCACUGGCUAUGAUGCAUCUGCCAACAUGACAGAAGAAACCAAGAGUGCAGAUAAGAAUGGACCAAUGGGAAUAAUUAGUGCCAUUGGGAUAUCGGUAAUUGUUGGAUGGUGUUAUCUACUAGGUAUCACAUUUGCAGUUACCGACAUCCAAUACCUUUUGAGCUCAGAAAAUGAUGCUGGUGGUUAUGCUAUUGCUGAAGUAUUUUACCUAGCAUUCAAGAGUAGAUAUGGCAAUGGCACUGGGGGUAUUAUUUGUUUGGGUGUUGUUGCUGUUGCCAUAUUUUUCUGCGGCAUGAGCUCAAUGACCAGUAAUUCAAGGAUGGCUUAUGCAUUUUCAAGAGAUGGAGCUGUGCCACUGUCAUCAGUUUGGCAUAAAGUAAACGAGCAGGAGGUCCCCAUUAAUGCAGUCUGGCUCUCUGCUCUUGUGGCAUUUUGCAUGGCUCUGACGUCUCUUGGAAGCUCAGUGGCAUUUGAAGCCAUGGUGUCAAUAGCAACAAGUGGACUGUACAUUGCCUAUGCUCUUCCCAUCUUCUUCAGGGUCACUUUGGCUCGCAAGAGUUUUGUCCCGGGCCCUUUCAACUUGGGCCACUAUGGGAUCCUUGUCGGAUGGAUUGCAGUUCUUUGGGUGGCGAUCAUAUCGGUGCUCUUUUCUUUACCUGUGGCUUUCCCCAUUACUGCUGAUACUCUGAAUUAUAGUCCAGUCGCAGUCGGGGGCCUGCUGGUUCUCAUCAUAUUUUCUUGGAUGUUGAGUGCUCGACAUUGGUUUAAAGGUCCCAUAGGCAACAUAUAGAUGGCUUUGUAUGUCACAAUAGUUGCACAAAAUAAAAUCAUUCAUUUGCUUCUGCUCAACAUGUGUCGAAUACCCCUUGUAUUAAUUAGUUUAUGCAUUUUGCUGUCA